AUGAAGUUCCGUGAAGUCAGAAAGCAGACGAUGUGCGACCAGUACAAGGCUGUGAAGAAGCUGGUGCUCUGCGGCGUGGGCUUCCACAGGCUGCUGUCCGCCACGCAGAACAACGCAACAACCGCCAACAACACGGGCAUAUGUCCGCUGGUGAAAGAGAUGAAGUACUGCACCUCCUCGGCAACGCACGACUCGGGCUGUUCCGACGCCGACUUUCUCACCACGGAGGUCUCCGUGCUGCAGAGGAACCUGCUGCUCGAGCACGAAGGCGCCUGCGGCAACGCGUCGAGUCCCGUGGACAUGGACUAUUUGCGGCACAGGCAAGGCAUGUGCACGACCUGUCUCGCGAUCGUUUUGUGCUAG